GCUUGUGUCCUGGACUUGAAAGGUGAUCGGUGAUCGUGUUCAGCUGUGAAGUACAGGAGCGGAGUGAAGCAUGGAGAAUGUGACAUUAUUUGGAAAUGCUAACCAGAAUCUAGGCAUAUGGACCGACCAAAGCAUCGAGUAUAAAGUGGUGAGUGUGUUGUUGGUGAUCAUCAUUUGCGGCGCCGGGAUCGUGGGGAACGUGAUGGUGAUCCUGGUGGUGCUCACGACCAAACACAUGCGGACUCCCACUAACUGCUACCUGGUGAGUUUGGCGGUCGCAGACCUCAUCGUGCUGACGGCGGCAGGUUUACCCAACAUCACAGAAAGCCUGUUCGGGGAGUGGGUGUACGGCUACGGCGGCUGCCUCACCAUAACAUACCUGCAGUACCUGGGCAUCAACGCGUCAUCUUGCUCCAUCACAGCCUUCACCGUGGAGAGGUACAUCGCCAUCUGCCACCCGAUCAAGGCGCAGUUUCUCUGCACCCUCUCCAGGGCAAAAAAGAUCAUUGUCAUGGUUUGGGCUUUCACCACUCUUUACUGCGUCAUGUGGUUUUAUCUGUCCGACAUCGAAAAGAUGAUCUACGACAACAUCACCUUAACCGUGUGCUCUUACAAGGUAGCAAGAAGAUACUACAAGCCGAUAUACUUCGCUGAUUUCACUUUGUUCUACGUGGUUCCGCUCCUGCUGGCCUCCGUGCUGUACGGGCUGAUCGCCAGGAUCCUCUUUCUCAACCCCCUGCCGUCGGACCCCAAGGAGAAGGCGCAAACCUGGAGGAAAGGCUCGUGCGCAGAGAGCAAAAAGCACACCAAGAACUCUUCCUUUGGAAGCACAGCGGCCUCGCGAAGACAGGUGACAAAGAUGCUGGCUGUGGUGGUGAUUCUCUUCGCGUUGCUUUGGAUGCCCUAUCGUACACUGGUGGUGGUCAACUCAUUCCUAAAACCUCCCUACUCUGACACAUGGUUUUUGCUCUUCUGUCGACUCUGCAUCUAUCUCAACAGUGCAAUCAAUCCUGUCAUCUACAAUGCUAUGUCUCAGAAGUUCCGUGCUGCUUUCCGUAAGCUGUGUAACUGCAGGCCGCAGAGCUCACAGAAGCCGGCUACAUACAGCAUGGCACUGACUUACAGUGUAAUCAAGGAAACCUCCAAUGGGCAGAGUCCAGACCACUUCCCCACAGAGAUGGAGGAGCUUCCAGGGCCUACAAAUGAAUUCCUGCCUGGAAGAAAUAAGAUUUCAUAUAAGGAAUCCUCAAUGUCAGACAGCACAUUAACUACAGCCUAGUUUUAUGGAUAGAUAAUUGUUCAUAGCCAAUAAUUGGUAAAUCAGUCUAAUUUUUCAAUGUUGAAUAAAAUAGACCAAAAUUUCGAUUAGUCGUCCAUAUUUGUUCUGGUAUGUUUUAAAAUCUAGCAGCAGAGUGUAAUGAUGUGAUAUACAGAAGUGGCCUAAAGUCUUUUCUCUAUAGACUUCUAGUGUUAAGUCAAUGAAAAGGCAGAGAAUGCACAGUAAAUCUUUCAAAUUGUCCUGCCCAGAUGAUUAAUAGCCUUGUGCUCAAAGCCCAACUCACAUGGAUUAAUACAGCUACUGCACAAUGCA